AUGUCAUCUGAUGUGAUCGUUUGUAGUGAAACAAGUUGUUCCAAGCAUCACCGUUUGUAUGAAAAAGAAAAAAACGAUUUACCGAAAGAACUGCGUCGACAAGUUCAACAACGAUUCGUCCUUUACAAUAGACUGAUCGAUGAAACAAAACUAGAUGAACAAGAAAAACGGGAUAUUGAAAUAGCAUGUACAGAAAUCCAACGCACAUAUAAACAACGUCGACGUGAUCAUCUUCAAUUACACUCAGAAGGAGCAUCGCUCUUAGAAUCCUCGUCGACUACACAAGAUCUCCAAGCAUAUUUAGAUAAAUUACACGUAGCUAUUGAACGUGAACAACAGCGAGAACGUGUCUACGCCAAUUCAGAUGCACCAACGAAUAUUAAAGUUGAACCAGACGAAUUCAUGGAUAGUGAGAAUAUUCAUUCUAACCAUAUUAUUCCUAUUUCAUUAUCGAAGAGUGGAAGUCUAUCGACGGAAAACAAAGACAAUAAAUCUGACGAUUUAUCCGGCGAAGAAGCUGGACGAAGCGAGAUAAAUUCCAGUGAUAUUGACGAUGCUGAUUCGGAAAAUGAUGAUCAUCGUGCAAAUUCAUCGAAUCGUCGAUCAUUUUCAUCGGCAAAUUUGAAUCAAUCCGUGACGAUUUAUCGUGGAGCUUGUCCAUUGACACGUGUCGGUCUGUUUGGCAUUCUUCCAAUUCACAACAUUCGAUUAUGCGAAGGAAAACCAAGUUGUCUCUAUAAUCAUCUACAAAGUUUUCAUCAUAUGACAGCUCGAAGUGCGUACAAAGUUUGCAAAGCCGUUUUGAAGCAACGUGAUCCUGUCGUAACCGUCCUGUUCAGUUCGCAAGAUGUUUUAUACAACAAGAAUUUUCACAUUGCUUGUCCGUUCAAUCAAGAUUCGAGAAAUCUGUUCGAUUGUCAACCGAAAUAUAUCGUGAAAGCACCAUGCUCGUCGAUUAUCUCACGUUUAGAUAUGCCACGACACUUACGUGACGUUCACCAUGUCUAUCGAGCAAGCGCGUUGAAGAUUGUUGCUGAAAUGCGACGCUGUGCAAAGAAUUCAAGUAAAAAUCAUCCUAUCCAGUUGAAUCGGAAUCUGUUUGCAAAAGAUGAAAAUAUCAUUGAACUAAUUAACGAUAAAUCUAAUUCACGAGUUUCUAAACAAGCAAAACGACACAACUUUGUUUACGUAUUCAGUGAUGAUAUGAAAUAUUGUUCGUCAUUUGACAAUUUGUCUAAUGAGUUACUGUUGGAAAUAUUUGAUUAUUUGGACGUUUACGACCUUUUCCAAGGAUUCUUCGAUAUCAAUCAACGACUGAAUUGUUUGAUUACGGAUCGACGUCUUUGUUUUCAAGCAAAUAUGUUUCAGCUCAGUUCGAAGCAGUUUUCUCUUUAUCAAAAUGUUAUCCUUCCAAAAAUUGGUCAAUAUAUCCGUUAUUUAUCGAUUUCGGACGAGUCGAAUCGUCUGCGAAUCGCUCUGCAAUCGCUUGUAUUCGUAAAUUUACAAUCAGUUCGAUUGUAUGAUGUUAAACUGAACGAAUUAAAACAAGUCUUGAAUACUUCCAAACUGAAAUCGAUCUCGAUUGAUACAAAUUAUAUUCAAAAUGAACAACAUUUGUAUGAAAUUUUCAGAAAUUUAUUACAAGAUCAAGAAGAUCUACGGUCGAUUGAAUGUGAUUUCCAUACGAACUUGUUCUUCAUCAAAGAAAAAUAUCGUCCAAGUCAAGUUAGAAGAAUUGUUAUCAAUUGUCCAUGUUUUUCAAGUGAUUUGAUUAUUCUGAUUUGUCAGUUACCGAAAUUACGUUAUCUAAAUGCGAAUAUCAACGACGAUAAACGAGAAGUUAUGGAUAAAGAUGUUGAUUAUCUAUCAGGAAAUGAAUCGCUUCGUUCAUUGACACUUCAAAUUGAAAAUGUUGAACUCGAUCGUCUAUUACUCAUCUUUUCCUUGACAAGCAACGUCCGAGUACUUGAAUUGAAUGAUAUGGAUUUCAGAUUUUUAUCUCUUCUUGCGUGUUACCUUCUCGGUUUGGCUUUCUUUCUCAAUGGAUUUCUAUUAACGCGCCGUGUUAUCUUGGAAAAUUCUACUGGUACAAUACCAUCAACAGUUCCGCUCGAGUUUAAACAAGUCGUUUUUAUUGUUAUUGAUGCACUUCGUUAUGAUUUUAUCAAGCCAACGAAAAAUCUCAAGAUAACAAAUUACCAAAAUCAAAUGCCGUUCAUUCGUGAACUACUCCAAACCCGACCACAACAAUCUGUUCUAUUGAAACUCUUAGCCGAUCCUCCAACCACUACACUUCAACGUUUAAAGGCUCUAACAACUGGAACAUUGCCAACAUUUAUCGACAUAUCUUACAAUUUCAUUGGAUACGAAAUCGAAGAGGAUAAUCUCUUAAAUCAGCUACAAACCAGUGUCUAUCAACGAAAUAUUUCCUUGUUAGGUGAUGAUACAUGGUUGGCACUUUAUCCGAACAUUCCAUUUAAACAUUUACAUGUUUAUCCAUCGUUUGAUGUGCAUGAUUUGGAUACAGUUGAUAAUGGUAUCCUUGAACAUCUAUGGAGAGUUCUCGAAGAUACUCGACAUGACGAAUAUUCGUUUGUGAUUGCACAUUUUCUCGGUGUGGAUCACUGUGGUCAUCGAUAUGGUCCGUUGCACGCCGAAAUGAAACGUAAACUAAAUCAAAUGGAUGAUGUGAUGCGAAAUUUAACGAGAAAACUAGAUGAGUUUGACUCACCGUCGCUUCUGAUGGUGAUCGGUGAUCAUGGAAUGACUCAACAAGGUGACCAUGGUGGUGAUGAGUUAAAUGAAAUCGAAACUGCCAUGUUUCUCUACACAACGAAAGCCAACUACUUUCCAUUAGUGAACACAAACGAACAAGUUGUGUCUCAGAUUGAUCUCGUUCCAACACUCUCGUGGUAUCUUCACAUAUUAGUACCAUUUUCGAAUGUGGGGAUGAUGAUUACAGAUCUGAUUCCAUUGGAACAACGUUUUCAAGCGAUGAAAUUAAAUUUUCAGCAAAUGGAUGCAUACUUAGCCGAGAUAUCUUUGACAUUACCAUUAUCCGAUGAUAUACAAAACUUACGGGCUAAUUUGCAUACGAUAUUCGUUAACAACAAAGAGCGAAAUGCGACUAUAGUUGAGAACUUAUUCAAUGAAUUUAAACAUAAACUACAAACACAUUUUCGUCGUCAAUGGUCAACAUUUAAUAUUCCUCGAAUUCUUACUGGAUUGUUCAUCAUGCUCAUUUCAUCGACAAUCUUGUUCUUCGUCUACUUCAACGUCUCAAAAUAUCUCAAUGAUUAUUCCAAUGUUAUCUUUUAUAUUUUGCUUGCAUUCAUGUACUUCGCCAUAUCAUUUUCGAAUAGUUUUAUAAUCAAUGAAGCAAUGUGUCUUUAUUUUCUAAUUCAAACAAUUGUUUUACUCUCAAAUCGACGAUUUUACGAAAAACUUCUCCUUUCACUUCUAUUAUUUCUUUCUCGAGCAUUUCUUAUCUGUCGUGAAGAACAACAACCCUAUUGUCUCGAUCCCGACUGGCUUCUGUCAAAAUCCUUGAAUACUUCCGAAUAUGUUCUUCCAUGUUUAUCUGCAAUUCUUUGGUUUAUUAUUCUUUACUUGACACCAAACUAUUCCCAUCUUUCAUAUUUAACCAUCGUUGCUUAUUGGUUCAACAUUCCACAUACAUUACCGAUAUUCUAUCUAAGUAUUCUCGUUCAGAUUUGUUUUGUGAUCUACAGACCAUCUCGUUUCGAUACUCUAAUUUAUUCAAUUCUAAUCUUUGUUGUUGGCUAUCGAUUUUCAUUCGUGAUAUUUCUGCAAUAUUUUCUCUAUAGAAUUCUUUUCGAGACAAGUGGUCAGUCUAUACCGUUAUUGUUUUCAUUACUAUCCGACUAUUUCUUUUAUGCAACUGGUCAUCAACCUGUGAUUUCGCAAAUCCGUUGGACAGCUGCAUUUCCAACGUUAAAUUCGCCGAUAAACGCUUAUCUUUCAUUAGUGAUGAAUUCGUUGAUUCUUCGUGGAAUUUUCGUUCUCAUUGAAACCUUUUCCGGUCAGAUAUUAAAUGUGAUAUUCAUUCGAAAAAUGCUCCGAAAAACCUCUGAUACGACUUUAUUAAAGCGUGUUUUGAUCGUUGAUUGUUGUAAAUUACUCACAACUUCAUCAACUAUGAUUCGAUUUAUUCUCAUUCAAAAUCGAGCAGGAAAAACACGAUUAGCAAAAUGGUUUAUGAACUUUCAUGAUGAUGAAAAACAAAAAUUGAUCGAAGAAGUUCAUGCUUUAGUCACUGUACGCGAUGCGAAACAUACAAACUUCGUCGAAUUCCGUAACUUUAAAAUAGUCUAUCGUCGUUAUGCUGGUUUAUAUUUUUGCAUCUGCGUGGAUGUGAAUGAUAAUAAUUUAGCUUAUUUAGAAGCAAUUCAUAAUUUUGUCGAGGUUCUUAAUGAGUUUUUCCAUAAUGUCUGCGAACUGGAUUUAGUCUUCAAUUUCUACAAAGUUUAUUCGGUCGUCGAUGAAAUGUUCCUCGCUGGAGAAAUCCGAGAAACUAGUCAAAUCAAAACGAUUUCAAACGGCACUUCUGCUAAUAACAAACCCAAUACGCUCGCGUAUUCCAUCGAUCCUAUCUGCAGUCAUUCCGCAUCAAACGCUUCACCAGAAAGAUUCUUCGAUCGAGAACAACAAAAACGAUGUAUACGUCCAAUGUUACAUGCAAUUUAUAAACAAGUGACGUCCACGAAGAAUCCUUCAGUUGAUGUAUUAUUGCAUAAUGUCGAUUCAGUGAUCAAGUCAACCAAUCCAUUACGAUUGCCUAGUCUAUGCGAAGCUGUUUUUGCUGAUUGUUCACCAUCGCCGGGAUUGUACGAUUAUUGUCGAAAUCAUUUCCAUCAAUUAGAUCAAAAUUUCGAACUUCGUACAAUCGAUGAGAAAGACGGAAAAGAAGAUCAACUGAUUGAGAAUUCAUCUACAAGGGAAAACGACUUAUUCAGUCAUAAAUCCACAACUCCAUACAAUCGAGGAGUUCUUGGUGGUACUUUUGAUAGAUUACACAAUGGCCACAAACUGUUACUAACCGAAAGUGCUCUUCUUUGCGAUGAGAAAAUCGUCGUUGGUGUUACUGAUGGAAUCAUGAUACAAAACAAAGUAUUAGGAGAAAUUAUCGAACCGGUUGCUAAACGUAUGUCGAACGUCAGUUCGUUUGUUUAUUUAAUUCGACCUAGUAUUCAUGUUCAUUGUGAACCAAUUGAAGAUCCGUGCGGACCAUCGGCAACUAUGCCAGAUUUGAAUUGUAUUAUCGUUACUGAAGAGACUCAACAAGGUGCUGCACAGGUGAAUAAAGAACGAGCGGAAAACAAACUUUCUCAAUUACCAGUACAUGUCGUAUCAAUGGUUCCAGCCGACGAAGAUAAUCUCGACGGUGACAUUAAAUUGAGCUCGACGUCACUUCGACGAGAAAUGCUUGGCACUCUCCUUCGACAACCUUUGAAAGCUAGUGAACCAAAUCGACCAUACAUUAUUGGACUUACUGGUGGCAUAGGAUCAGGAAAGUCAAGCAUUGCACGUCGCAUAGAAAAACUUGGUGCCGCUGUUGUUGAUUGUGAUAAAUUAGGUCAUGAAGCGUAUAAAGUCGAUACUGAUGCGUAUAGAAAAGUCAUCGAAACAUUUGGAAAUGACGUUAUCAAUCCUACUGACCGUUCCAUUGAUCGGAAAAUACUCGGCCAAAAAGUCUUUCAGUCGCCCGAUGAAAUGAAAAAACUAACCAACAUUGUUUGGCCUGCGAUAUUAAACUUAGCACAAGAACGUAUCGAACAAUUCUUUCAACAAGGUAAACGCAUCAUUGUACUUGAUGCAGCUGUGUUACUUGAAGCAAAGUGGACCGUUGCAGUCAAUGAAAUAUGGAUUGCAUCGAUUCCUCCAAAAGAGGCCAUUCGACGCGUUGUCGAAAGAGAUCAUUUAUCAGUCGAAGAAGUAAAACGCCGUUUGGACGCGCAAAUGUCGAAUGAAACUCGAUUACCAUAUGCUAAUGUUCUUCUUUGUACUUACUGGGCUGAGAGUAUUACCCAGAAACAAGUUGAACAUGCUUGGCAGUUACUUUUACAACGCAUUGACAAUGACGCGUCUUCCGUCUAA